AAAACCCAUCAGAUCAGAACAGCACCAACCUUGCUUUCAUCUUUCCAAAUUCAAUAUCAUUAUUCCCCCGUCCUUUAUUUUCCGUUUUAUGGAAGUCAGAAUUUCAAGCAAUAUUAAAAAAAUUGAGAAAGAAACGGAAAGCAAAGUAAAACAAACCGAAAGCCUUACUGUUGAAAAGGAUAAAAAUCACAAUGUUCAAAGUCAGGCAGUUGCAGUUUUGAAUCGAUCUACGAGCAUAAAAUUGGUUUUUCAUUCAAGAAUAGAACAUAAUAUAUACGUAGAUCUCCAUCCCAAGUUACCCACUUGAUCGCAAUUCAUCGAUCCGUAAGGGAGAUUCAUCCUGUGUUCCAUUUCAGUCGCAUACAGAACUGGGGGAAUAAUCUGAUCAGAUUCUGAGAAACUUGGUGAUAGAUUCAAGUUUCAAAGUAUAUUUUUGAAAGUACUUUAAUGGCUGAGAAAUCUGCCAAUUCCUGGGCUUCUGAUAGGGAUUUUGCUCGGCUCUUCAACAGACCAAGUAUUCAUGAUGUUCUGGGUGGAGGAAUAGUGGCGGAUGUGCUGUUAUGGAGGCGAAGGAAUGUAUCCAUAGGUAUCCUUGUGGGCGCAGCAGCAGCCUGGAUAUUGUUUGAGCAAUCAGGAUAUACUUUCUUGUCACUCGCAGCCAACGUGCUUUUUCUUUUGGUGACAGUCCUAUUUGUUUGGGCAACAGCGGCAGCUCUCAUAGGCAGGCCGCCGCCUCCUUUGCCUGAAUUAGAAUUAUCAGAAGAAUUGGUGAACGAAACAGCCAGUUCAAUACGUGAACAGGUCAACUUUUUAUUCAGAGUUGCAAAUGAUAUUGCUCUUGGGAAAGAUCCCAAACUCUUCUUCAAGGUGGCUGCUUGCUUGUGGCUUAUCUCAACCAUUGGUGGUUGGUUUGAUUUCCUUACACUUGGCUAUAUAAGUCUUGUUACAUUCCUCACAGUUCCUGCCUUAUAUGAGAAGUACGAAGACCAUGUGGAAAGAUAUGCGAACAUUGCGUUGAAGCAACUGACAAAGCUUUACUUGAGAAUCAACGGACAAGUUUCAUAUAUCAUCAGCAGGAUACCUAAGAAAUACAAAUACUUCAAAGGAAGGAAGAUACUGUAGAUGAUUAGUUUGUUUGCAUUGAAUGAAGAACCUGUAAUGCUUCCCCUGUUCAUCAGGGGAGUGAAGGUGGUUUGCCCAGGAGGGUAAAGUUGAGACAUUUGUUGUUGUUUUUUAUGUCAAUGAGGAAUCCAAGGCAAUUUUUCAGAUUCCUGCCUUCCUGUUUGGUCUUCCUUGUUGGACCCCAACAUUAUUUUGGACCUCCUUUUUAUAACGUUUGAGUGGGUUAUUGCAAAUUUUGAUGAAAACAGCUUUGAAUUCAUUUUUUUUUAUUUACUGAUUUAUUGGGAUUCA